AGUAUGUCUAAAGGAACCGACGAAAAAAAGUCGACAUCGAUAAAAACGUGGAAAAAUGAAAAGGCUAUCGCAAACGGCAUACUCGAGAAAAAAAAGAAGUCAUUAUGGUCGAGGACCGCUAACUACAUUAUUGGGAGACAGAUUGAGCUGCCUUUGAAAAUUAUAUCCGUUAUCAUACUCUCAUACCUCGCCAUACCCGAGUCUUAUAAUCCACUUUCUAGAUUUCUCUUCCUUUCAUAUCCUAUACCCUCCACCGACACUAAUGGGGAAUCCACAGUCGUCUACGGAAAAGGAUUCUGGGAUUUUGCUUUGAUUGCCUUCUGGAUUAUAGUUUUUACACUAACCAGAGA